GAUCUGUCGAGUCGGUCGCGUCGCGCGCGCUCAUCAGUGUUGUUUUUUUGAUCUCGCAUUACCACGCGUAUGUACGCGGUAAGAUCGAAAUCGGAGCAAAUCGAAUUGUGCAUCGUGCCAAUUGCCAUGCGAGUGUCACGUGUUGAACGAAGUUGAUUCUUCGAUUUAAAGCGCCUCGCUCUUCCUUUUCUACAGUCGCCACUUGUCUGGCGGCUAUAUUUAUUCUCCGUUGCGUUGUGCAAGACAAGUGUCCAAAUAUAAGCGAUUUCGCAACACGCUCCGGGAAAACGCGGCUUCGGGAGAGAUGCUGACACCACGCUUCGAGAUCACACAGACCGACGAGGACGUGACGAUAAUCGUUCACGCUCCGUAUGCGAAUAUAAAGGACGCGGAGGCUUGCGUCGACGGGACGGACUUCCUCUUCACCGCCACCCCGUAUUUUCUCAGACUGCAGCUGCCGGGCAAGGUCGAGGAAAAUGACACGUCCUUCGGUUCUUACGAUUGCGAAAAAGGUGAUUUUACCUUGCGUUUCUCCAAGGUAAACAAAGGGGAGCACUUUGAUAACUUGGAGAUGAUAACAACCCUUUUGGCACCGCCAAAAAAGAAAAGCACCGUUAUUCCUAACAUCGAAGUGAUUGGUAAUCCGUCAGUGGCUUCAGUAGACAUAAGCGAAGGUAAUGCAGUAGCUGAUUCUGGAAAUAAUUGGUUUUUACCUCAGGAUAAUUUUGCUGGAAACUCGACGCUUCUCGUAAACUUCCCAAAAUAUGGCUUUGCCAAUAAGAUAUCAGGAGCUUUAACUGCAUUCGAGGCAGCAUGGAUCAAGGAGAUCAUAGAUCUUCCCACUCCUGAUACAACCCUCGAGACAGAAAGAAAAAGUUUGAGGGAACAGCGUGAAUUAAGUGAUUUUUCAGAGGAACAUUAUAUGGCAGAUCUCAUGCAGUCAGACUGCAUCGAGCCAUGCAUAACGUAUACACCUGAAUGGGAUACACUGAAAAAAGAUCAAAUCGCAUUCAAUGACAGCGAGGUUGAUUUGUUAAAGGAACUUCCAAACAAAGAAUAUCUACUAGACGCUGAAGAUGUACAAAAAUUAUCUUUAAAUCUUGUCGACAUAUUAUAUGCCAGCUGUUACAAUCAUCGUACAACGUUAGGAGAUAAUACUUCGGAGAGUGGCUGGACCAUUAAUAAAUUAAGUUCUACAUUAUGUUGGUUCCAAAAUUUUACCUCUCUUGAUGAAGUUAUAACAGCAUGUUUUCGAAGAUCACUUUGUUAUCCACUUUAUAGAAACUGGGAACUUUCUCUUAAAGUAUUUGAAGACGUUAAACAAGUUUUGUCAUUAGGAAGGAUAUACAUCGUUAAACGCUUUUGUGAAAUACAUAAUCUUUUCAACACUUCAUAUGAACCAAGAUAUAUACUAAACCAAUUAUACAUAAAGGAUUUUUUAAUUUGGUUGCAAAGGAUACCUGAAUCCUUGAUAGAAUCGCUUCUUUCUGCGUUAAGUAACAUUAAUCCAAACAAACCAAGUAUGGGACUAGAUUUAGUAGAACUGGAAACGGCAGCUUAUUCUGUUCAAGAGGAGGAUUUUGUUAUAGAAAAUACUAUUCACAAAAUGACCGACGAUAUUGAGAUGAUGUCUCUGAAUGGUGCCAAAGAGGAAAAGCCAAAGAAUGUAUACCAUGUUAACCAAAAAUUUUUUAAGUAUUUAUUGUCAAGCAGUUCAAGUUCAGACAGCAGUGAUUCGGAAACUGAUAGCAGCAGUAGUAGCAGCAGCAGUAGCAGCAGCAGUCUAGAUUCCGAUGAUUUAGAUAACGAGCCCAAAUGAAUGGGAAAAUUGAUGGCCCUGAUGAAUAAUCAUUCACUUGUUACAUGACGAAGUAAUUUAACGGAUCGACUUUUAAACAUCGACUUCUCCAUACAACAUAUAAUUUUCUAACUGUUUACCAAUAACGCAUAGUGAUAUACCAUUGUUUUUGGUACAUCUACACACAUAUUCAUUAUUUUAUGUAUUUUAUAUUUAUGCGAAUAUUUCGCAGUACUUAAGUAUAAGAGAAUUAUAAUAAUGUUUAAAAAUAAUCUUCCAAUAUACUGUGUUGACGAAAUUGCGCUAAUAAAUAUAUAUACAUAUAUGUUUGAAAACUGGAAACUUUGAUAUAAACUGUGAUAAUAGGAACAUGAAAUCAAUAUAUUCUCAUUAAUAAAAUAUUUUUUACGAAA